CAAGAAGUGGAUAUAAUACGACUUGGGUAGCGCAUCUCAAGAAAAAAAUCAAGAAAGAUGAAGAAUUUCAUAUCUGUUGUGUUGUUGGUAUGCUUUGUGUCUGCUUUUGGUCAAGAGUCUUGCAUUUCUGAUCCACCAAGAGAGCAAGCCAUUGACGGCGAAACAACGGUACAAUCGUCUGAUAUUCAGGGAGCGAUCAAAAAGGCCUUGUCAGAAGACGCCGAAGUUAAUGUGGCAGUGAAUGCACUAAUCGCGGAGAGGGCGCUGAAGUCGCCGGAAAAGAAACCUGCGUUCCAUUAUAUCGACACAUGCCCCAAGAGACUAACGUACAUUACUAGUGUUAAGGUACACAUUGGAUUGGGAGACUUCCAGAAAUGUCAUGUUGUCUUUCCUUCCUUACAAAGAGUGAGAUCCGCUGUCUGCCUUACAAGGUCGUGUUACGGGGCUUUCGCCCAUAACAGCCGAUGUGUCCGUACCGGAUGGACCAGACUCCAGUUCUGGGUGUGGUGUCCUAAAUGUGGAUUUAAACUGAUCGCCAGGUGGUACCCACAGUGUUGUUCGUGCUACCAGUGGAAAUCUUGUCUUCAAGAGGCAAACGAAGAAAUACGGCAAUAGGCGAAGUUUGUACGAACUCUUGAAUUACAUGUUGAUUUUUUUUAAAACAAUGAUUCAAUGUAUUUUCAAAGUAAAUGUGCUUCUUGAUUAUUGUGCUAAUAAUCUUUUGACUGAUAAAAGCUUAGAAUUUUGUGAAUAAAAAGGGGUUGGUUUUUUUUUUGGUUUUUUUUUUACUGUUCUUGAUGUCUUUAUGUUUACCUGUAUUAUUUGGAUGUCUUGCUGAAUAUGGGAAGGAGUUCUCGUGUACUUUAAUCAAAUUCAAAAUAUUGCAUUGUUUCUUUUAGAAAUAAAUUCAUAUGUAAAUCUGA